AUGCACCGCUCACAAAGCAACGAGGGAGCCGCCUCCAACGAGGUGUACCUAGCCAAGCUCACAAAGUGGUGGUCGGACGACGAGGAAGCGGUGGUGAGGCGCAAGCUCGAUGUGCGCAUCGUCGCCACCUCGUUCCUGCUCUAUCUGGCCGCGCUUCUCGACCGUUCCAACGUGGGCAACGCCAAGACCGCCGGCAUGGUCAAGGCGCUUCACAUGACCGACGCCCAGUUCCAGUGGCUCCUCACCAUCUUCUACAUUGCCUACAUCGUCUUCCAAUUCCAGGUCUUUUUCUACAAGAUCCUUCCGCCUCGCGUGUGGAUCGCCUUCUGCGUGCUGGUCUGGGGCAUCGCGGGCAUCUGCCAAGCAGCCACGCACAACUGGGCCGAAAUGAUGGCCGCCAGGUUCUUCCUCGGCGUCAGCGAAGCAGGCUACGGCACGGGCUGGGUGCUGUACCUGUCAUUCUUCUAUCCCAAAAACGAGAUCGGACUGCGCUUCGGUGUGUUUGUCUCGGCAGGCGCGAUCUCGGCGGCGAUUGCAGGAUCGAUUGCCUACGGCCUCGUGAACGCACACACCGACAUUGCAUCGUGGCGGCUGCUCUUCCUGAUCGAAGGUAUCCCGACGCUCAUCAUGGCGCCUGUGGCGUACUUUGCACUGCCCAACAGCAUCCAGACGGCGAGCUUCCUGACGGCGCGCGAGAAGGCGAUUGCAGAGGCACGCCUCUUCCGACCUCCGCCGCCAGAAGCGAUCCAAUACGCAGCGACGGGCAGGGCGACGACGACGUGGACAAGCCGCCUCCGCGAGCAGAUCAGCUGGAAACAAGCCGCGGCUGCAUUUACCGACCCGCUGUCGUACAUCACAGCGGUGCUGUUCUUCAUCAUCAACGUUGGAUACUCGAGCGUUCCCGUGUACGUACCCACGCUCAUCGCCGAGAUGGGCUACGGAAGCAUCCGCGCACAGGGCCUGUCGGCGCCCCCCUACGUGCUGGCGUUCUUCAUCUCGCUCUCGGCGUGUUGGCUCACGGAUCGGUACCAGGUGCGAGGCCCUGUGUGCACGGUGCUACUCAUCGUUGGCGCGAUUGGCUACCUCAUGCUGGCAUGCCUCAAAUCUACAGCGGCGCGCUAUGUGGGCAUCUGGCUCAUCAUCAAUGGGCUCUUCCCAUUCAUCCCCAUCCUGUACAUGUGGCUCAUGGCCAACCAGAUGAGCGAGUCGAAAAAGGGACUUGGGCUGGUCAUCUUUGCCACGAUCGGACAGUGCGGUCCUCUGCUGGGCACGCAUCUGUUCCCUUCCAAAGACCAGCCGUACUACGUCAAGGGUACGGCGACCAGCGCGGGUCUGCUGCUGUUUGGCGUGGUGGUGUCGGCGGCUGCCAGCUUUUGGUUCUGGAACAUCAACCGCCGCAGAGACCGACAGCAUGCGCUCUCGCAGGUCGAGCCGCACGAGGCUGGCGAAGAAAAGGCGUGUAGCGUGGACCGCGAUCCGUCGCUCUCCGAGGCGGACAGACGCAAGAUCGACGUGCUCCUUCGCGGCGAAGACAGCCCUUACUUCCGCUACACCAUCUAG